AGGUACUAAAUGCUUUGAGCAUUUAAAAAUCUCCUGUUUUUUUGGGCUUUUUGAACUAUUUUCCUCAUCUUUUCAAAAAGGGUUAUUGAAUUUAUCUUUUUGACAGGGUCAUAUAAUUAUAGUUUUAAAACGGAGUUCCUCUGUGUCCUGUUAUCUCCUAAAGACUUUUAAACACAGGCAUAUCUAAAAUAUGUAUAAGAGACCACUUAAACCAUAUCGUCUCUUGUAAUAGUUAAUAUUUUAUUCAUCAUAAAUAUUUUGUGGUUUCAAUAAUAAACUAAAUAUCAUUAAACAAAAACAAUCCCUUACUAUAAGGUUGUCUAUCUUAACGCUUUAACAUACUAACAAGCCUUAAACAAAAUUUUGAAUUGAAAAACAUUUCUGAUCUACAUUGAAAAAAAGCAAUAAGUUUACAACAAUGAGGUUUUUUAAACCUACCACAGCCAAGGGGGAAAGCAUCAACUCCUUAAUAUUUUGGCUUUUCAAAUUUAAUUGGGUUUGGCCUUUAGACUAUGAAAGUCAUUGGUUCAACUUAUUUAUUGUUAAUUGUCUUGCUUUAAUUUUUCUAUCGUGCUGUUUUGUAACUAUCUACGCGGAAUACCUUUAUAUAAACGCUAAUCAAGGAGACAUUAACAAGGUUGCCCAGUGUCUGUGUGGAUUUAUAUUUGGAAUAUUAGUUAUUAUAAAAAUUCUGCACUUGGUAUUUCAACGAGAGCAAAUGAGGCGUAUUUUGAAUACAUUUUAUACUGAAAUUUACAUUCAUAAAUCGGAAAAUGAAACACUUAACAAGGAAUGUAAGAGAAGUCUACGAUUGGUUUACUUUAUGUCAUCGACCUUUUUUCUUACCACAUUUUCCCAGUUUCUAAGCUUAGGCAUUGCUAUAGCUACAGAUCCAACAUCAAACUCGAAGCCAUAUUUAGUAAAUAUGCAAUUUCCGUAUGAUGCUCAAGAACCUUGGAAAUAUGCCUUCACUAUCAUGUAUACAGGAUGGGCGGCAUUCUCUGUGGUAUCAAUAACGUCUGCCGAGGAUUGUUUGAUUGGUACCACCUUAUCAAACUGCACUGUUAGAUACAAAAUGUUGAAUGAAGAUCUUAGUAAUCUAUAUGAAAAUACAUUAAAAAGUCCAAGAAUUCAAAAUAAAUCGAAAUUAGAAACUAAUCAAAAUAAUGAGCUUCAUAAAAUAUUUCAUAAUAAACUGAGUGCCAUCAUAAGAAAGCAACAAGUUUUAGACAGCUUUCUACAAGAUCUUCAAUCAUUUUUAAGCCUCCCAAUAUUCGUUGUGGUUUUGUUCGGAAUUUUUCUUCUUUGUACUGUGGCAUUUCAAUUACAAAAGAAUGGUAUCAGCGUUGAUACACUGGAGUAUUUUUUCUGGCUUUUGGCUCAAUGCCUAGAAUUUUUUGUAAUUGGUACUUUUGGUCAGCGUUCCACAGAUGCGGCGGCUGAAAUGUCAAAUUCGUACUACAUGUGUAAUUGGGAAUCACUUCUCGCUUAUGGUGAUGUGAUGGACAAUGUGAAACUUAUCAGAAAUAUCAGUUUUUUGGUUUUCAGAGCACAAAAAUCAGUUCAUCUUGAUGGAAUGGGUUUCAUGAUUUUAUCACUGGAUAGUAUUGGCAAUGCCAUGAGUUCAUCGGUAUCAUACUUUAUGUUUCUAAGUACUAUGGAAAAUAUUUCAAAUGAAGAAAAUUAA